AUGAAGUCUUUUAAUGCUUUCCUUUGUCUUAUGCUUUCUUGCUUAUUAUGUGUUGUUUCUACAGUUGCAUCUUCCAAACUUGCUGGAAAUGAAACUGAUAGAUUAGCCCUUCUCAGCAUCAAAGGACAAAUAACUUAUGAUCCUUUUGGUGUUAUGUAUUCUUGGAACGAUUCAUUCCAUCAUUGCAGCUGGCAAGGCGUUACAUGUAGCAAGCGACAUCAAAGGGUGACUUUGCUGGAUUUAAGCUCCAAACAGCUUGUAGGAACAAUAGUUCCUCAUAUAGGAAAUAUGAGUUUUCUUAGAAAACUAACUCUUCGAAAUAACACCAUCAACGGUGAGAUACCACAGGAAAUCGGAAGAUUAUUCAGGUUACAGAACUUAGAGCUCGCGAACAACUCAUUUACUGGUGAAAUUCCAGUGGAACUUUCAAAUUGCUCUAGGCUCAUAUAUCUUGAUUUGGAUGGUAACAGACUGACCGGGAAAAUCCCUGUGGAGCUUGGUUUGUAUUUAAGAAAUCUUCAGGUACUUUUUCUUAGAUCAAAUAAUUUAACAGGAGAGUUGCCAUAUUCUUUAGGUAAUCUUUCAUCUCUAAUUGCCUUAGCAGCACCAGAGAAUAGAUUAGAAGGAAGUAUACCAUAUUCAUUAGGCCAAUUGACUAACUUGAGCUAUAUUUCUCUUGGUGCUAAUAUGAUUUCUGGUGAUAUUCCCAUUUCACUCUUCAACUUAUCAUCUCUUUAUCAUUUUGCUGCUCCAGUUAACCAACUUAAAGGAAGUCUUCCUAUAGAUAUUGGAUCGACUCUUCCAAGUCUUCGCUUACUUUAUUUGCACUCGAACUUAUUGAAUGGAGUGGUUCCAAGUUCCAUUUCUAAUUUAACGAGACUUGAAAUUAUCUCAUUAUCAAGAAACCAGUUGUCCGGGAAAAUCCCUUCUCUGGAAAAUCUCCAUAACCUUCGGGGACUAGGAAUGCAUUUCAAUAAUCUUGGAACCGGGAGAGAAGAUGACAUGGAUUUCUUUUCUUCCUUGGUUAACAUUACCAGUUUUCGAGAACUGAGUUUGAGUGUGAAUAAUAUAGGAGGCCAGUUGCCUAAGAAUAUUGGCAACUUCUCAACCAAGUUUAGAUCUAUUGGUUUUGCUAGGAACAAACUAUUCGGACGAAUACCUGAUGGAUUUGUAAGUCUCAGCAACAUGGAAAUAGUAAGUUUGGAGUAUAACCAAUUGACUGGUGAAUUUCCAGUUAAUCUUGGCAAACUUCAAAAGCUCAAGUAUUUCUAUGUUAAUGGAAACAAACUUUCUGGAAAAAUCCCUUCUUCCAUUGGAAACUUGACAUCCUUGUAUGGACUUAAUCUAGCUCAGAACAAUUUAGAAGGGACAAUUCCUUCAGUUCUUGGAAAUUGCCAGUUGUUGCAAAUGUUGUAUCUUUCUGGAAACAGACUCAGCGGCGCAAUACCAAAAGAGGUCCUCAGUAUCUCAGCCUUGUCAAUCCAACUAGACCUGUCCGGAAAUCAGUUAAGUGGCACUCUUCCCCUUGAAAUAGGAAGUUUAGUCAAUCUCGGGUAUCUUGAUAUCUCCGAUAACAAGUUAUCUGGAAAACUUCCUAGCACUUUAGGAAGUUGCAUUAGGUUGGAAAAUCUCUAUGUUCAAGGUAACAUGUUUGAAGGUGUGAUCCCGUCGCCUUUAAGCUCCUUGAAAGGGCUUGCAUAUUUGGACUUUUCGCGUAAUAAUUUCUCUGGUGUUAUUCCUAAGUACUUUGAAACUUUUUCAUCCUUGAAAAGCUUAAACAUGUCGUUUAAUAAUUUUGAGGGUGAAGUACCCCAAGGGGGAGUUUUCAGUAAUGCAAGUGGAGCAAUAAUCAGCGGAAACAGAAAUCUUUGUGGAGGUUCUCAAGUGCUAAAGCUACCACAAUGUAAAGAUUCAAUGCCAAAGAAGGGAAGAUUAUCACCAACUCUAAAGAUAAUUAUUUCUGUUGCUUGUAGUUUAUUUGGAGUAAUGCUAGUUUUGGUAGGCGUAGUUUUCUGUAUUUUAAGGAGGAAGAAACAUAGCGCUUCACCCUAUUUACCAGAUGAUUCAUUUUUGAAAAUCUCCUAUGGUGAACUGCUGAAAGCAACCAAUGGAUUCUCUUCAGAAAAUCUCAUUGGUAAGGGUGGUUUUGGUUGUGUAUACAAAGGAAUUCUUGGUUCAGAUGAGAAAAAUGUCGCGAUCAAAGUACUUGAUUUGCAGCAUAGAGGAGCUUUAAAGAGCUUUAUUGCAGAAUGUGAAGUUCUAAAGAACCUUAGGCAUAGAAAUCUUGUCAAGUUAGUAACUGCAUGUUCAGGUACUGAUUUUCAGGGCAAUGAUUUUAAGGCCCUGAUUUACGAGUUCAUGGUUAACGGUAGCCUGGACGAUUGGCUGCAUUCAUUUUCCAUUGAUGGAAGUCUGCACGUACUACAUCUAGAUCUUUAUCAGAGAGUAAAUGUUGCAAUUGAUAUUGCUUUCGCGCUAGAGUAUCUUCAUCAUGGAAGCCAAAUACCAGUUGUUCAUUGUGAUUUGAAGCCGAGCAAUGUCUUACUAGACAUGGACAUGACUGCCCGUGUUGGCGAUUUUGGUAUGUCAAGGUUCCUCCAAGAAACAGCUCAGCAAACUUCACCAAGAAAAACUAGCACUAUUGGUAUUAAAGGAUCAAUUGGCUAUGCAGCUCCAGAAUAUGGAAUGGGAAGUGAAGUGUCAACUUUAGGUGACAUAUACAGCUAUGGCAUUAUCAUAUUGGAGAUGAUUACAGGGAAAAAGCCGACAGACGACGCCUUUUCAAAUGGAUUGAACCUUCACAACUAUGUUAAAAUGGCUUUCUCUGCUGGUAGAGUUAUAGAAAUUGUUGAUCCAAUGAUUUGCCACAACUUGCAAGAAGAGGAGACCACCAACACUAUUGCUGAAAGGAAAACCAAAGAUUACAUUAGAGAGUGCUUAAUUUUUAUGUGUAAAAUUGGGAUUGCUUGCACUAUGGAAUCACCAAAAGAAAGAAUGGGACUUAGUGAUGUUGUUAAAGAGUUGCACAAAGUACACAGUUCCGUUGAAGUGGAGUCUCCCGUUGGCCUGCUUCCAGUAUACCUUAGUAUCCAAUUGCUUGUUGAAUUGCGGAAGACCCCUCCCAAUCCAUAUUUAGGAGGCGUGCCAGUGGAGGAGUCAUCAGUAUUAAGCUUAAUGGUUCCUCCAGUGAGUGGUUCCCAUUUGACAAUUUCAUCCGCUGCCGCAAUCAAAGAAGAAAAACUCAACAAACGUUUGAGCAAAUUGCGGAUCGCACAUGAAUUGUGCGGCCGCAAAAGCUGGGCUAGGAUCCAAGAUCAGAGAGAUGACAAAAAGCCAAGUCCAGAGUUUCCUCAAAUUGCGGUCCGCACAAAAUUUGUGCGGCCGCAGAAGAUUAUCUUGCGGUUGCAAUCAUACUAUUGCGGACCGCAAAAGAGUACCUUGCGGCCGCAGUGCUAA